CAGUUGGGUUUGUGCAGCUGGAUUGUGCGGUUCGGUUGAGUUGUGCUGCAAACUGCGAACUGUGAGAUCGUGAGUUCGUGUGGCGACGUCCCCCCUGAGUUGGGAGAAGAAGACUCCUCCAGGGCUAAAUUGAAGCCACUUAAGUACGAAGUAGUUGUAAAACGAAAAAUCUCAGAGCUUCAAGUGAAGCGCAUGAAUCAAACGUCGCGUCGUCGCGGAAGUGUUAAUUAAAAGCCUAAAUACGCGGCAUAAAUUAGUCUCACAAACGAAACGGCCACGGGAGCUGGAACUGGAAUUGGAACUGGAACUGGAACUGGAACAGCUACUGUAAAGCUUGCUCAACGAAAGUGCAGUGUUCAUGUGUAUAUGUGUUAGUUGUUUUCUUGUUUUGGAGGUCAACUCUCAAAUUUGAUAAGUCAAUAAUCAAGUGUGAAUCAAAAUUUCAAUAGACAGUGCUAUAAAUUCAUCAAAAUCAACAUCUUGGGAUACCACUUAAGAAAACCGCAACGAGCCCCCGCGCGCUUCAACUUCUCGCAUUUUUCCAGCUGAUUGGUCAAGAACAACGUUAGCACUCUGAACCCGCUUGCAACGAAAGGAGUGAAGAAGGAGUAAAGAAAUGUCGCUCAAAGUGCUGCCGCUGUUGCUGCCACUGCUGCUGCUGAGUCCUUGCACCAUUAAGGGACUGAGCCUGGCGAAUGGCACCGUGGUUGUUGCCAGUUUAGGCGAUGGCAACGCCGCCGGCAAUGUCAAUCAGCCAGCACUUGGUGUCGUUGCAGGUGGCAUCAACAACAACAACAACAACAGUAGCAACAGCGGUGGUGGUGGCGGUGGCGGUGGUAUCGGCGGUGGUGGUGCCAAUCUGCCAAUUGGUGGCGGCACUGGCAGUCAAUCAAAUAGUGAAACUGGCGGUGGCAACAGCGGCAUUGGCGGUGGCAACUCGCAGGCGAGCGGCAGCAACAGCAACAGCAAUAACAAUGCCGCUGGCGGUGGUGGCAACAGUGGCAAUAACUCGGCUCUGAUGCAACCGGCCAAGGAGAAACAGUAUGACAAGUGCACAGGUCCCGGGGAUCCAGGACCCUGCAAGCAAUACAUCUACAAGUGGCGCUACGAACCAACAACGGGCGAAUGCACCACAUUCAUUUGGGGCGGUUGCGAUGGCAAUCCCCAGAAUCGCUUUAGCACCGAGACCGAGUGCCUCUUUCACUGCAUUGGCGCGCCACACACAUUGCCACCGUUUUUGCAGUCAACCACACGUGAGCCGAGCACCACAGAGUCCUCGCUGGCCAGCUACACGCAGAGUCCCGCCCAGCUGCCGGUGGGUUACGGUGGCGGACACAUGGGCGGCGGUGGCGGUGGUCACAUGGGCACCACCCCGGUGCCCAUUGAGCAGCGUGGCCCGGAAUUGACAUUUGCGGAAACGGGUCAGGGCAAGACCUUUAUGUUUGCCAAAAACAACACGUUCAUCCAAAUGGACGGCGACAUCAUACAGACAUUUCAAUUAAGACUUUGCCGUGAGAUUUCAUUUCAAUUUCGCACACGACUGCCGCACGGCCUGCUCGUCUAUCACAACGUUAAGAAUCCGGAUCGCAUUAAUUUGGACCCCUAUGCACUCUAUGUGAUUGUCGAGAAGGGUCAGCUAAAGGUUGUACAUGUCUUUGGCAAGCAUUCAACGAGUGUCACUGUGGGUGAGAGUUUAAAUCGAGAUGAAUGGCACAGUGUUAUGGUGCGCAUCGAUGUCCAUGGCGCAAGAUUAAUUGCACGCGUCGACAAUAGUCAGGAGGAGGUAUAUCUGAAAGGUCUGAAUCACGAGUACAACUACGGUGUCUCCACGAAUCUGCCAUCGGUGGUCCUGGUCGGAGGCCUCUCGUCGGAGGAGAAGCUGCAUGGCGUCAAAUAUAUCACGGAAUCGUUUGUCGGCUGCAUACGCAAUGUGGUGCUGAGCUCAGGCAAGGCUGCCUCCGAUCUGCUGCCAAUCGCACCGCUCGUUGCCACCAAGCAUGAGAAUGUCAACGAAGGCUGCUCGGACAUGUGCGAUUCGCGGCACAAUCUCUGUUUUGUUGGCUCCCGUUGCAUCAACCAUUACUCGGGCAUCUCGUGCGAUUGCUUUGGCACCCACUACGAGGGCGAACACUGCGACAUCUACACUGCCACAAUUAUAACACUGCGCGGUGCCAGCUACGUUUCAUAUCGCAUCUACGACUGGAAGGAUCGAGUACACUCCUCCACUACCCGCAUCAGCUUGAUGUUUCGCACAAAUUUCGAUGAUUCAGCUUUGUUCUAUGCCAGCGGAGAGUCGCUGAAGCAUCAAUAUAUCGCCGCAGCGAUACGCAAUCAAUCGAUUUAUGUGGAAAUCGAUUUCGGGGAUAAUGUUAUGUCCACCAUACUCACCGAUGAUCUAACACGUGGCUAUUGGCAUAAUCUCACGAUAUUGCAUGAGCAGCGCACGUUGUGCAUCAUACUCGAUCAUCAGCAGAAGAUUUUGGAGUUGCCGCCAACUGCUAGUGGCAAUCUGUUGUUCGAUCCGGAGAUAUACUUUGGCGGCGGUCCAGAUCUGCACAAGAAGAAAGGUCUUAUUUCGCACAACAAUUUCGUGGGCAGCCUGAAGUAUGUGUACUAUAAUGACAUAUCUAUUCUAUACGAACUACAACGUGGCAAUCCGAAGGUGCAUUAUCAUGGCGUUUUGGAAGCCGAGUUCUUUGAGAAUGAAGUGAAUGUCAUACCCAUUACGUAUCCGUUUGCGACAUCUCACAUUUGGUGGCCCAUAAAUCAUGCCGAAGAAUUUAAUAUUAAAUUCGAUUUCCGCAGCAGUCGAGCCGGCGCGGUGUUGGCCUACAGUGACGUCACGACCAGUUCCGGAAAUGGCUUCUGGGAGAUACGUCUAAGCUCGGACAAGCUAAGCUUUGAUCUCGUACCCGAUGUCAACAACAAUGUAACGCACUCGACAACCAUUAAAAUCAAUCGCGCCACUUCCUGGCACAGCGUCGAGCUCGACUACAAACAGGGCGAGAUACGCUUCACCGUCGACUAUCGUCACACGCUGAGCCAAAUGUUUGGUCUGACCUUUAACAUUGGCGACAAACUGAUCAUUGGCAGCAGCCUCAAAUCCGCUGCCAUGGGCUUGGUUGGCUGCAUACGCGACAUCGAGAUCAAUGGCCAUCUAAUUGAGCCCCGACAUGUGGUCAAAACGGAGCGUGUUGUCGGUGAAGUUGCUUUGGAUAAUUGCAACUACAUUGAUCCCUGCAAGCGACCAAAUACCUGUGAACAUGGUGGUAAAUGUUUCGUUAAAGACGAUCGGGUUACAUGCGAUUGCAAGCACACGGGUUACAUUGGUAAAAAUUGUCAUUUCACCAAGUAUCGCAAAACCUGCGAAGAGUUGGCUUUACUCGGAUUCACAAAAUCGGAUGUCUACCUCAUUGAUAUCGAUGGCAACGGGGUUUUUCCGCCCGCACAUGUGAAAUGUGAUUUUCAGAGCUUGGAGAAUGCCACGAAAACCAUUGUGGAACACAAUUUGCCCAGUCAGGUGGAUGUGCGUUCGGCGCGUGAAACGGAUUUUAGUUUCAACAUACGCUACAGAGAGUUCUCGCCGCACAUGUUGCAAGAGCUGAUAUCGCAUUCGCUCUAUUGCACACAAUACAUCAAAUACGAUUGCUAUCGCGCCCAGCUGGAGCUGCACUCGGCCACUUGGUUCACAUCGUCGGCCAAGAAUCUCACCGUCGACUUCCUCGGCAAUGUCAAGAGAGGAGCUUGCCCGUGCUCAGUGAACAAGACGUGCGUGGACCCGAAUCAAUCAUGCAACUGCGAUGUGAAAGAGAACAAAUGGAAUUCGGACGAGGGCUACUAUCAGGAACCGCACAGUUUGGGCAUUACCAACAUGUACUUCCUGCAGCAAAAGGAUCUCGACGAUGAGGCCCAGGGACGCAUCACACUCGGCCCUUUGGAAUGCGUGGAGACAAAUACACAGAAAUACGUGGUCACCUUUACAACAUCGCAAUCGUAUAUCGAGGUGCCCGGCUGGCGCAAAGGCGACAUUGCUUUCUCUUUUCGCACCACCGGUGAGAAGGCGAUACUAUUGUUCCAGCCACCCAUUCGGGCGCACUAUCCAUCGUUUAUGGUGGCCCUAACCGGUGACUAUCAACUGACAUUCAAUUUUACCCUAAGCACUGGCACCACAAGGGAACUGGUGAUUAACUCGCAUCGCAGGUUGAAUGGCGGCGAAUGGCAUAAAAUAUGGAUUGACUAUAACCAAUAUCAUGUGCGAUUCAUGAUAAAUACCGAUUACCAGAUGCUCGACCUUCUGCCCGAGGAGGAGUUUGGACCAUUCGAGGGCAGCAUGUACAUUGGUGGCGCCACAUUUGAUCUGCUGAAGAAACUCUCAGUGAAAGCGGGACUUAUUGGCUGCUUCCGUGGCCUGGUGGUAAAUGGUGAAAUAUUGGAUAUCUAUAGCUAUAUGUCGGUACAUCUGUCGGAGAUUAUCAAGGACUGCAAGCCAUCCUGCGUGCCAUCGCCGUGUCGCAAUGGAGCCCAGUGCAAAGAGCUCUGGAGCAGCUUCAAGUGCGUGUGCAACAAUCCCUGGGCACACAUUGGAGAAUUUUGUGAGACAAACAUCAACGAAAAAGCCUUGACUUUCAUCAAUCGCGAAUCGUUCCUUAUGCGCAACUAUUUGAGCGUGGCUGCCACUCCUGCCAUCUUACUCAAUGGCAUCGAAGGCGAACGCGAGAUGCUCAAGGGCAUUCUCAGCCAGGAUGUGUUGAUUAAUUUACGCACUUAUGACACCAAUUCGUUGGUUCUCUAUGCCAACGAUCAUUACAACAACUUUGUGCAUUUGUACAUCAGUCAGGCACGCGAAAUUGUUUUCCUCUACAACUACGGCGAUGAGAUUGUCAAUCUAACGCUGCUCGAUGAGACGCUGAUGGCCAAUUUAAAGAGCAUUCAGGUGGCCAUCAUCAGGGGGGAACAAGAGACUCGCAUGCAUGUGAAUCAGCGUAGUGUGAGCAUCGAACGUGGCACUUUACUGUUAGAUGAGUACGCCAAUCGACCCUGGAGCAAUCCCGAGAAGGAGGUUCUAUCGCCACAUCGUCCGCCCGCACCGCCCACCGAGUACUUUCAGUUCCACGUUGGCGGCUAUGAUCCAGCGAAUUUGCUGCGGCCGAAUGUCGAUGCACCGGCUCUGGAGGGUUACAUUGGCUGUAUACGUGGCCUCAAAAUCGGCGCCCAGUUGAUCGACUUGGCGGAAAUCAAUGAAAGGAAUAUAGCGCCCACUCAGGAGGGCGUGCUGCCCAAUUGCCAGAUCAAAUGCGAUGCAGAGCCGUGCAAAAACGGCGGCAUUUGCAAGGAGCAUUUCGCCGAGCAGAUGUCCACCUGCGAUUGCGAACACACCAGUUUUCUCGGCGAGUUCUGUUCGGUGGAGAAAGGCGCCGAUUUCAGCGGUGAAUCGACGUUGCAACGCAAAUUCGAGCUGCCCAGCUCAGCGCGUGUGGAUUAUGUCCGUCUGCAGAUGGCCUUCUCAUCGUUCGAUUUACGGCGCGCCAAUCGCAUUAUGCUGCUGCUGCAGACCGCUGCUGAGCGUAGCUAUUACCUUUUACUGGCCAUCACCAGCGAUGGUUACCUGCAAUUCGAGGAGGAUCGCGAACGCGGCCAGACGGUGGGUGCACGCAUCGAUCGGAAUUUCCUGAACAGCGCUCGACAUUCGAUUUAUUAUGUCCGCAACGGAACUCAGGCGCAGCUUUACAUUGAUCGCGAGCAGGUGCCGCUUACGGAUUUUGCGGCUCGUGUGCUUACCACAACGCUGGAUGAGGGCGCAAAUCGGGCGCAGAUCGGUGGCAUUAAUACGACGGAUUCACGCUUCGCUGUCUUCAAGAGCUACAGCGGCUGCCUGUCAAACAUCUACAUACAGGUGAAUGGACACAUUAUGAAGCCACUGGAGGAGUACAUGCUGUUCACCAAAUCCGGUGCGGACAACAUAACGGUCAUAAAUCCGCAGGGCGUACGCAGUGCACAGUGCAAUGCGAAAUUCGAUGUCAGUGAGCAGCCCACCCAAGAGCCCAUGGUUAACGUAAGCAUGAUACCAGAGCCAUGGGUCGAAGAGCCGCCGCAACGUGUGCCCUACAUAUCGAAAUUCGUUUAUGAUGUCGACAAGAAGGAGGACUCCACACAGAUGCUAUUCAUUACGCUGACCACGGUGUUUGUCAUCAUUGUCAUCUGUUGCCUGCUCGAGGUAUAUCGCAGUCAUUUGGCCUACAAGAAGCGCAUCGAGCGCGAAACGGAUGAGGAUAUCAUUUGGUCGAAAGAGCAGGCAACCAAAAUGCACGAAUCGCCAGGUGUCAAAGGUGCAACGAGCUCGGGUUCGGGGGGUGGUGCGGCGGCAGGGACAGGCAACGCAUUGCCACCAUACAGCUAUAAGGCGCUGCCGCAAGAGGACAAGAAGCCAGGCAAUGGCACACCAUUGGUUGGCAUACUGAAGAAUGGCAAUGCAACGUCGACGCCAACGCCAACGGCAUCGGCGCCCAGCACUCCCCCAGCUGCCACAAAGAACGGCGACAUUGCCACACGCAUUGUCGAGGAACCCGAGGAGGAGGUCGAAGAAGAGGAAGAACAGGAGCAGCAGCAGCCACAGACUAUGCAGCAAGAGGAGGCACAGCUGCUUAACCUCAGCGCGGAUGCGGCAGCAACGCCAACGGAUGCGGCUGCCACAAAUGGUGCGUCAUCUGCCGCUGAGCCAACACCAAGCGACGAGGCGACAAAAGUCCAGCAGAAUGGACAGCUAGAUGCUUCACCUGCUGCCCCGGCUCCUACUGCUGUGGAUGCCACAACGACGCUACCGCAGCAACCACAACAGCAGCAGCAACAGCAGCAGCAGCCAAAUGAAAAUCAAAAGCAACAGCAACAGCAACCUCAGCAGCAUGUGCAGCAAAGACAACCGCUACAAAGAGCGGCUACACUUCAACAGCAGAGCACAAAGCGACGCAAACAGGCAACGUCAACGGCGCCCACAGUGCGACGACAAGUAUCGUGGGGUCCGCCCAUCGUAGCGGAAACGGAUGUAGAUUCGUUCAACAAUAAGGAGACAGCAGGAACAACAACAGGAGGGGGAGCGGGAGGAGGAGGCCGCAAGAUGGCCAAACAAAAUGGCUACCAUGGCGUCAAUAGACGUGCCACGACAACGACUCGCAAUUGACGGACGCAAAAAGCGAAAACUAAAGAAAAUAUGCAAAAAUAUACGUACAUAUAAAAGCAUAAAUAUUUAGCCAAGACAAUAAGUCGAAAAACAAGUGCAAAGCAUAAACAAAAGCAAUACAAAUACAACACAGAUACAAACAGAGACAGACGAAUACAAAGCGACAGAAAGAUAGCCAAGAAUUUAUAUGAAUUUAAGAGAAGCUCAGAAACGAAUACAAAACAGAAGAAAAAAAAUAUGCAAAAAGCAUAUUGAAGUACAAUACGAUAAUAUCACUCACUUAUAAGUAUUUAAAGCCGACUGCUUUCAGCUUUAAAGAGGCGGUGAACGUAAUAUUUAGGAGCGCUGUGGGAUUACACUUUACGAUUUAAGUACUCCAGGGAUUUCAACUCGAUUAGCUUACAAUAAGCAAAUUAUUGUUUGAGAGUUGUUUGUGUGUAUAGACGUAUCUCUUAAAGUAUACGAAUUUUUAUUCAAUAUUUUUG